AGUCGGCUUGUUCCGCACUGAAGACGCGCGCGCUCGGGUUCAGCUUUUUACGACAGCUCUGUGGAGUACAGUGUGUGGUGUGGAGGCUGGUUUUACUUCUCCUAAAGAAUUCCUGUUUAAUUUACAGUGAUUUCCACAGCGCUCAAACUCACAUGAUUAGUCAUUUGGCGUAGGGUUUGAGGAAGGAAUGAGCGCAGAGUGACGAAGCUGAUUUUUAUUUCCCAGUUGAAGAGUUUUGAAGCUUCAGCCAUGAACUCGGUGAGAUAAAUCAGAUGGUGGGACUGGUUGAGGAAUCACUGAAACAUGGCACAUUUGGGAGUCCAGGCUGUUGUCGUGGCACUCGUGUGUUUGCUCGGAGCAGUGAGGAGUCAGACUACCCUCGCCCCCGCUGUGACUGCCACCACAGUUAUCGAGAAUGUAACUGCCACUACGGUCACUGAGAAUGUGGCCACAACCACUCCCAUCAUGCUCAGCACCACUACACCUGGCUGCUCGGUUUUGAACAUCUCCAGCUGUGAGGCCUGUGCACCAGGCACCUACUAUGACAAUGAGACGUUGCUGUGUUCAUGUUGUCCGGAGCCUGGGCUGUGUAUUUUCCCCAUAGGCUGUCGUUCCUGCUCACUAGGUUUCUAUCAGCCGCUAGCAGGCCAGCAGACGUGUCUUCCCUGCACACCAGGCUUCUACACUAAUCUCACAGGGAGCCCUGUGUGUCAGGCUUGUCCUCCUGGUUCUUACACCAAUGAAAGUGGUUCAGUCUCAUGUCAGCCCUGUGCACCAGGUUUUUAUAUAUCCGGACAGAAUGCUACUGUUUGUAACCCGUGUCCCGAGGGCACAUACUGCAACUCCUCCAGUUGUGCUCAGUGCCAGAUGUGUCCUUCCGGCUUUGAAGCCCUAAAGACUGGCAACAAAGAGUGUUCCCCCUGUCGCCCAGGAAUGCACAAGACCUCUCAUCAGAGAAUGUGUCAGAUCUGCAGCAGUGGUUUCUAUCAGAUCCACUGGGGCCAAGAGAACUGCGACAUCUGCCCUGAAGACCACUACUGCCCAAGUCCAGAUGUGAAUCCAAUCCAGUGCCCCAGUGAUGCGUUUUGCCCUGAGGGCAGCACUGCUCCAGGUUAUUGCAUGGAGACUUUCUUCAGGAAGGCUGGAGACACAUGCGAGCUUGCUCCUGUCACCAUAGCUCUCAUUGUCAUUGGAGGAGGAUUGUUUCUCCUGUUUAUUGUCCUCCUGGUUUUUCGGAGGAGAAGAGAUACAGACAGUGAGCUGUCUCUCUCUCGUGCUCCUCUUCUGCGGAAGGACCGUCCCCCUUGUCAUGUGUAUGGAGUCCCGUGUGAUGCGGAUCCUGUGUAUGCAGGGUGGUGAUAUAUUGACAAUGCAGAGAGCGAAAACAAACACAAAAUCCAUGUCAAGCUAUUGCAUGCUCCUAUGCUGUGCAUUUGCACAUCUUCUGAAAAUGAAUGUUUGACACAAUAUUGAAAACUUUUUGAUAAAGUUCAUAGCUGUUUUCACUGAAUGUUCACUCAGACAAAUCAAACUGCCUUUCUCUUAUUAUGCUGUUCACUGCUGUACACUGCAAACUGGUUGAAUGAAUGCAUAGGAGUAUCCUUGUAGAAGUAUUUUUUUAACAAGGUCAAUUGGGCCAAAUCUGACAAUAAUUUUGCCUGUAAAAGUACUGAGAGAAACUGUUUUGUAUUUAAUUAUUGUUUAAUUAGUGCACUGGUCUGUAAUAUGUGGUACUAGUUAAGAUUUUGAUUGUGCUGGACUGUUGCUGUUGCCUGUAUGAUUGUAUUUAUUCACUUGUGCCCCUUGUUGUUUUAUUACAUAUGGUACUUAAGGAACUGUUUAUUAUGGAAAUGAGUAAUCUUUUUGGUAUUUAAAAAGUUAAUGCCAUAUUGGAACUUUUAGAAGAAGCAAAAUUGGCCUUGGCUAGAAAAUAAACUUUGCACAAGUUUCAAGUGAAUUCUCAUGACUAUUACAAGAUUGUUCUUUUGAUGUUUUUUAGUUGAGUAUUUUUUCCAUAGGCAAUGAAUAAAUUAUAU